AUGUCCAUGGAUCUGGACGCUCCAGUAUCACUCCCUUCCGUUCAUCAGCCACAGGCGGCAACGAUCCUCUGCUGCAACUGUGGUGCACCCAUAGAUGGAACGGCAUCGGCGGGUGCUCUAUGUUACGACUGCAUCAAACUGACUGUGGAUGUCUCGGAAGGCAUACAGAGAGAGGGAGUAUUACACACAUGCCGAGAUUGCGAACGGUGGCUGAGCCCGCCGUCACAAUGGGUCUCAGCGUCGCUUGAAAGCAGAGAAUUACUUGCCUUGUGUCUUCGGAAACUACGAGGCCUCAGCAAGGUCCGGAUCAUCGACGCAAAUUUUCUCUGGACGGAGCCGCAUUCCCGACGAAUCAAGGUGAAAAUCACCGUACAACAAGAAGCCUACGAGGGCACUAUACUUCAGCAAACGUUCGAGGUUGAAUACGUAGUCGCUUACCAGCAGUGUCCGGACUGUGCCAAGUCCUACACUCCAAACACCUGGCGGGCGUCGGUGCAAGUCAGACAGAAAGUACCACACAAGCGGACCUUUUUGUAUCUGGAACAGCUCGUCCUGAAACACGGGGCGCACAAGGAAACCAUCAACAUCAAGGAAGUUAAAGAUGGCUUGGACUUUUAUUUUGCGCAACGGAACCACGCCGAGAAGUUCGUCGACUUCCUCACAUCUGUGACGCCAGUCAAAGUGAAGAAGUCGCAGGAACUAAUCUCGAUGGACAUCCACACAUCCACCAAAUCGUACAAAUUCACAUAUUCGUGCGAACUGUUACCGAUCUGCAAAGACGACCUGGUCGCGCUGCCGAUCAAGAUGGCCAAAUCCAUCGGCAAUAUAACCCCGCUGGCACUUUGCUACAGGGUGGGCACGUCGGUGAACCUGAUCGAUCCGACGACCCUCCAGACUGCAGACCUCCCGACCGGGACGUACUGGAGGAAUCCAUUCAAGAACCUGGCUGACGUUCAAGAGCUCGUCGAAUUCGUGGUGCUGGACAUUGAGCCGCUGGGGUCGCAGAACGGACGGUUCUUCCUGGCCGAAGCGACGGUCGCUCGGGCCGCCGACCUCGGAGUCAAUGACAAGACCUACUACUGCCGCACGCACCUGGGAGGCGUGUUACACGCUGGCGACUCGGUCCUGGGGUACCACUUGACAGGCACCAACUUCAACAACCCCCAGUUCGAAGAGCUGGAGCAGAGCAGCACGUACGCCUCGACCAUCCCGGACGUCAUGCUCGUCAAGAAGUUUUACGCGCGCAAGAAGAAGCCCAAGUCUAGAUCGUGGAAACUCAAGCGCAUGGAGAAGGACGAGGGCGACCUCUUGCCCAAGAAGCAGGAUCAAGAAAAGAUGGAUGCGGACUAUGAAAUGUUCCUGCGUGACGUCGAGGAGGACGCCGAGCUUCGUCAGACCCUCGCCCUGUACAAGGCCAAGCAACAAAAGACUACUACCACAAGGGACGUGGACAUGAUGAGCAUGGCUACCGGAGAGAGCGACGAGGAUGAAGUGCCCAAGAUCAAUAUGGAUGAGUUACUGGAUGACUUUGACGAGUUGCAUGUCAAUGAUGAUGAGUGA